AUGCCUUUGCUGAAUUGCGUGAAGGAAGAACUGAAUCUUGCAAAUGUUUUGCUGAGUGGUCAGUCGUUUAGAAUUUUCAGGUGGGUGAAAGUACUUGAAAGUGAUGACGCCUAUAACUCCAUUCAUGAUACAUUUAUUGGAGUGGCACAACAUCGUGUUUGGAAACUGCGGCGAGAAAAUGAUAAGCAAGUGUAUUAUGAAGUACUGGGAAAGUUUUCUGAAGCUAUUGGUGAUGAUCAUGAUACUCUCAGGAAUUAUUUUCAGCUUGAUGUUGACUUGAAUCAUUUGUAUAAAUACUGGUCAGAAAAUGAUGAGCACUUCGCUGAACUUAUGAAAAGUUAUCGGAAUGACUUGGAAGGAAUUCGAAUCCUUUGUCAGGAUCCAUUGGAAACCGUUUUUGCAUUUAUUUGUUCUUCCAAUAACCAUAUUAAACGCAUUACAAACAUGGUUGAGAUAUUGUGUGAACUGUAUGGUGAAAGCAUUACUGUUCCCUAUUAUGGAAAGUUGAAAAAAUUUUAUGAUUUUGCGGAUCCGAGACUUAUGGCUGACGAUCGUAUGCUGGAAAUAACUCUGCGAAAUCAUGGUUUCGGAUAUCGCGCACCAAGCAUUGCUUAUGCUGCAAAAGCGCUAGUAAAUAUUGUUUGA